CUUUUUGACUCACCAAUAGCAUCAGCAUCAGCCACUAUUCCAAGUAGAGUAGUAGCACUAUAUAUAAUUGGAUUGCUCCGUGUUUAUCUUUCUGCCUCACUGCCCGUCGAAUUUUCUCAACUUCAUUUAUCGGAAGGAGAAGGAGAAGAAGAAGAAGAAGAAGAAGAGGCCGUAGAAGGGGAGCAAGAAACAGAAGGGCAGGAGGCUGAGGAGGCCGAGGAAGACGCGGCGCAAGAGGAAGAGAAACCAGCAGAGGAGGGCGAUGAAGAACAAGAGGAGGAGGCCAAACCAAAAUUCAAGCCGUUCAUUAUGCCCAACCUCAUCCCUCCUAAGAUCCCAGAUGGGGAGAGGGUGGAUUUUGACGACAUACACCGCAAGAGGAUGGAGAAGGACCUGAUGGAGCUCCAGACUCUGAUCGAGGUUCACUUUGAAAGCAGAAAGAAGGAAGAAGAGGAGCUCAUUAGUCUCAAAGAACGAAUCGAGAAGCGGCGCUCUGAGCGCGCGGAGCAGCACAGGAUACGCAGCGAGCGAGACAAAGAGCGGCAGAAGCGGCUUGAGGACGAGAGGGCUCGCAAAGAGGAGGAAGAGGCAAAGAAACGAGCAGAAGAUGACGCGAAGAAGAAAAAAACCUUGACCAGCCUCCACUUUGGAGGCUACAUGCAGAAGCUGAACGAGAAGCGGAGCGGUAAGAGGCAGACAGAGAGAGAGAAGAAAAAGAAGAUCUUGAGCGAGAGACGCAAAUCUUUGGACAUCGACAACUUGAGUCAGGAGAAACUCAAGGAGAAGGCCAAGGAGUUAUGGGAGUGGAUGUACGAGCUGGAGGCGGAGAAGUUUGACCUGCAGUACCAAUUCACCAGGCAGAAAUACGAGAUAAAUGUGCUGAGAAACCGCGUGAGCGACCAUCAGAAAACAUCCAAGAGAACAAAGAGAGGCCUUAGGAAAUAGAUGACCUGCUAUCCAGACUAAGCACCUAAACCAAGACCUGGUAUCCUCGCCACACCCAAGCUACACCUUUCUAGUGUAUUGCAUAAUAACAUAUAUUCAGUUGAGUUUUUUUUCUGAGAUUACAUUCUGGGAGCAGUGAAUAAUGUGUAGGGGUAAAUAAAACCUUAUUUU